AUGGCUGCUGAUAAGGUUGUGGAGACAGUGAUAGUAGGUAACUAUGUGGAGAUGGAGACUGAAGGGAAGCCUAUGGACUUAAAAACAAGAGUUUCUAAGUUCUUAUGGCAUGGUGGUUCUGCUUAUGAUGCUUGGUUUAGCUGUGCUUCAAAUCAGGUGGCUCAAGUAUUGCUUACAUUGCCGUACUCAUUUUCUCAACUAGGGAUGCUAUCAGGCAUUUGCUUUCAGCUCUUCUAUGGGUUACUUGGUAGCUGGACAGCUUAUCUAAUUAGCAUACUGUAUGUAGAAUACAGAACAAGAAAAGAACGAGAGAAGGUUGAUUUCAGGAACCAUGUCAUCCAGUGGUUUGAAGUUCUUGAUGGGCUGCUUGGAAAGUACUGGAGGAACGUGGGUUUGGCUUUUAACUGCACUUUUCUUCUGUUUGGAUCUGUCAUUCAACUCAUCGCUUGUGCAAGCAAUAUAUAUUACAUAAAUGAUAAUCUAGACAAGAGGACUUGGACUUACAUCUUUGGGGCUUGUUGUGCUACCACGGUGUUUAUUCCUUCAUUUCAUAAUUACAGAAUCUGGUCAUUUCUUGGUCUCGUUAUGACAACUUACACUGCUUGGUACCUCACCAUUGCUUCCAUCCUUCAUGGCCAGGUGGAGGGUGUUAAGCAUUCGGGUCCAACAAAAAUGGUGCUAUAUUUCACUGGGGCCACAAACAUUCUCUACACAUUUGGGGGACAUGCCGUUACUGUGGAAAUAAUGCACGCUAUGUGGAAGCCUCAGAAAUUCAAGGCCAUAUACUUGCUGGCUACUCUGUACGUUUUGACUCUGACACUUCCUUCAGCAGCAGCAGUAUAUUGGGCAUUUGGUGACAUGCUUCUCAACCACUCCAACGCCUUUUCUCUCCUCCCAAGAUCUCCCUCCAGAGACAUGGCUGUCAUUUUAAUGCUCAUCCACCAGUUUAUAACAUUCGGGUUUGCCUGCACACCAUUAUACUUUGUGUGGGAGAAAGCAAUAGGAAUGCACGAAUGCAAGAGCUUGUGCAAAAGGGCCGCAGCCAGAUUGCCUGUGGUUAUUCCCAUUUGGUUUUUAGCUAUCAUCUUCCCAUUUUUUGGACCCAUCAAUUCCACUGUUGGAUCACUCCUCGUUAGCUUCACAGUCUAUAUCAUCCCUGCCCUAGCCUACAUGUUCACCUUCAAAUCAUCUGCUGCAAGAGAGAAUGCAGUGGAGCAACCACCGAAGUUCAUGGGAAGAUGGGUAGGGACUUUCGUGAUCAAUACAUUUGUGGUGGUGUGGGUACUAAUUGUUGGGUUUGGAUUUGGUGGGUGGGCUAGUGUCACAAAUUUCGUACACCAAAUUGAUACUUUUGGGCUCUUCACAAAGUGUUACCAAUGCCCGCCUCCAACGAUGCCAACCCCAUUGCCGCACCUAAAUGCCACAGCGGCUCCUUCGCCUCUUCACCAUCCCAACAACCAUACUCACAGCCCUUGA